GCGCACUGUCGUAAAUAAUCACGUGGAGACAUCAUGGAUUCUCCUGUGAGCUUGCUGUAGGAUGUUAUACUUUACCUGUAGUCUGUAGAUAGAUUUUGAACAAUUAAAAUAAAAUAAAAUUCAUCUCCGCUGUGGAAAAACAGGAAACGCUGUCCUGAAAACAGGCGACACCUCACAGCUCAGCUGACCGGUUGUUUUACCACAGCAGCUCUGUGUGAGUGACUGAGUGUGUGUGUGUGUGUGUGUGUGUGUGUGUGUGAGGUUAUGUGUGUGUAAGUGAGUAGAUGCUCACAGAGCAGACACUGCAUCAUGUUCGUGUUGGUGGAGAUGGUGGACACUGUCCGGAUCCCUCCGUGGAACUUCCAGAGACAACUCAACGAUGCUAUAGCUGAGGAGCUGAACAAGAAACUGGCCAACAAGGUGGUCUACAACGUUGGCCUGUGCAUCUGCUUGUACGACAUCACUAAACUAGAGGAUUCCUAUAUAUUCCCGGGGGACGGCGCCUCACACACCAAAGUUCAUUUCAGGUAUGUUGUUUUUCACCCAUUUCUCGAUGAGAUCCUGCUCGGCAAGAUCAAGUACUGCAGUCAAGAGGGAGUUCAUGUGACCAUGGGCUUCUUCGAUGACAUUCUCAUUCCACCAGAGUCACUUCAACAGCCUGCAAAAUUUGAUGAAGCAGAGCAAGUUUGGCUUUGGGAAUACGAGACGGACGAGGGGGCCCAUGAUCUCUACAUGGACCAGGGAGAGGAGAUCCGAUUUCGGGUGACAGAUGAAGUCUUUGUGGACACGUCGCCAACGGGGCCGGCCGCUGCGGCGACGGACACGCCGGCUCAACCGGGACAGUCUACAGCGCCGCCACCAGAGGACAGCGGAGAAAAGAAAGAGGCACCGUACACUCUGAUUGGGACCAUCUGUGACCCGGGGCUGGGGCUGCUGUCAUGGUGGAACAAUUAGCACUGCAGAGGAAGAAGAAGAAGACAUUUGGCGGUAACUGACAGCUCGACCAUCACGACUGAUUGUAGAGGCGAGAGACGGCCGGCUGGAGACACAGAACCCAGUAUGUUGGGUACAGAAGUCAAGACACAAAGUCGAGCACCUCUCUGAACCAAGAUGUGAUGUCACAUUGAGACUGAUUGUUUUUUUUUUUUUAAAUACUGCCCUGAACACGCCAGAUUCAUGCCUACAUGUGAAAUUGACCCUAUAUUUAAAAACAGAAUAAUUCAAUGGACAUUAACAUUAAUUUGGUAUAUUUCACAUGAGAUUUUGACCCCCAGUUCAAAAGAAUUAGGUUAUUAAUCAUGUGAAUCACAAUGUCAUCACCACUUUGGUAUGAUAGUCAGACAUACACAGGUCACAAAAUCUGACGUAAAUGGCUCAAAUUAGGUGCUGUUGAACACUGAGCAGCAUCUGUCAGGGAUGAAAAAGAUGUGGUGGCUAGUGAUGCAACAUCUUACCGACACUUUUGAGGUUUAAGGUGAGAGAAAUAAGGCUGAGUGAUAUUUUUGUUGAUAGAAAUUAGACCCACAGGACAAUUUAUGACUCAUUUGUGUCAUCAAGAUCUAAAUAAAGGUAACAGUGCAACAAUAAAAAGUUUUUUCAGUGGGACAAAAAAAUGUCAAGCUUAAAAUAUUUAGUUUGUAUUUGAGAUUUUGCCUCUCCCAAAGGAUUUUCUGCACUCAUCCUCAAUUUAUUUAACAGCCUUGUAAUAUUGUGUGUCUGUUUUGUCUCACAGUAAAAGGGCGUAUCAUCUGC